GAGGGCGAUAAUCGGUCAUCGAAGCUCUGGGUCCGUGUUCCUCGAACCCCAGGCCGCCCGGCCAGCUGUCUGCAGUCUGCCCCCUUCUGGGGCGUCUCCUCCCCUAAGUGUCCUCAUAGGCUUGUCCCUGGGAGUGUGGGCGGCCCCUUUCCUGAGCGCAUAAACUAUUACUUUUCCCCGCACCCUGCCGCUCCUCCCCUCCGCAGCGGUUCCCUUCGCCUCAGUCACUUCCUUCCUCAGCGCAUUGCGAAGACACCCCGGUGCGGACCGACGCGGCACCAGUUCUUCAUCUGGAAAGACAGCCAGGCCGGGAGGCAGCAAUGAAUGUGGAUCACGAAGUCAACCUUUUAGUGGAGGAAAUUCAUCGUUUGGGUUCAAAAAAUGCUGAUGGAAAGUUAAGUGUGAAAUUCGGGGUCCUCUUCCGAGAUGACAGAUGUGCCAACCUCUUUGAAGCAUUGGUGGGAACCCUCAAAGCUGCCAAACGAAGGAAGAUCGUUACGUACACCGGGGAACUACUUUUGCAAGGUGUUCACGAUGAUGUUGACAUUAUUUUGCUGCAAGAUUAAUGUGGCUCUCAUAUCUUUGUGUAUUGCUAUUUUUUGUUUCUGGUAAACUGGAAUGUUAAAUCAAAAGACAAACAUAUGAGCAUACUUAAUGUAUUUUUAUAUAACUUU